AUGGGUUUGAUAAACAAUAUCAAACUAAUUGAGAGAAUAUCUCUCAUCUCAAUACGCAGAACAUCAUUAUUAAAUUAUUCUUCUGCAGCUUCAUCGACAGCUGAUAAAAAAGAUAAGCUCCAGGAAAUAGAUCCACUGAAAGAAUAUACUCCAUUUGGAGGAAUACGGAAAAAAACUGAUAUAUGGCAUUAUACUGAUAGAAAAGUGGCUCCUGGCUACUCGAAUUAUUCUUCUAAUAUCUAUCAGCAUCGACCAUAUAUAUGGCCACCACUCAGAAAACUCUAUAAGUUCAACUAUUAUAUUGUAGGAGCUAUAUUUUUCUUCCUUUGUUGGGAUUACGAAUGGCUCAGUCAACAGUUCGCAAAAGCAACAAAUUCUUUCAAACCUUCAGCCUCACAAUUGAAUACAUCUGAGGAAUCAAAAAAAGAAGAAGAAAAUGUUGAUAGCAAACCUGAGAAACCGAUUACUAAGAAAGUAGGCUUCCGUGAACGCCGAGUUGUUGAAUAUGAAGACAGACUGCGAAUGUACUCUACUCCGGAUAAAAUCUUCCGCUAUUUCGCUACAUUGAAGGUCAAUGAUAAAAAUGAUGACAGUGGUCGAACGUAUGAAGUUUUCAUGCUUCCUGAAGACUUUCUGCGUUCAUUAACUCCUGGAGUAAUGCAACCAAGGCGACUAGGCUUGGACAGUUAUAGAGUCUAUCAACCUGAGAAACAUCACCAUAACUUUUCUGAUGAAUCAAGUAUUUUUUACAAGUUGGGAGAAAAUGGAUUAAUCAGUUUUAGCGAUUACUUAUUCUUGAUGACUUUACUAUGCACUUCUCCCAAUGAUUUCGCUCUUGCAUUCAAAAUUUUUGAUGUGAACGGAGAUGGCGAGUUGGAUAAAGCAGAGUUCGAAAGAGUGAAGAUGCUCAUUAUGUCUCAGACAACUGUUGGUCAAAGACACCGCGAUCAUGUAACUCCUAAUUUCUCGUACAGAGCAGAAGCUAAUUCCGGCCUUGAAGCGUACUUCUUUGGUAAGGACGGAAACAGGAAGCUAUCAGCUGAGAAGUUCCUGGAAUUUCAAAGAGCUUUACACGAGGACAUUCUGAAAAUGGAGUUUGCAAGAAGACAUGAGCUAGAUGGUGAAAAUGGCUUAAUUUCAGAGGAAAGCUUUGCUCAACAUUUGCUUCUUCAUGCGCAGAUUCCGGAGAAAAGGCAGAAGCUUAUGUUGAAGAGGAUUCGACGUAAGUUCAAAGAAGGUCCUGGUGUGUCCUACGAAGAAGUUUCAAGCUUCUUCAAGUUCUUGUACCAUAUCGAUGAUGUCGACAUGGCGCUUCACUUUCACCGCAUGGCCGGAUUGGCUGUCGAGGGAACAAUGUUCAAAAGAGUUGCGAGUAUGGUAGCACAUGUGGAAUUGAGCGAUCAUAUUGUAGAUGUUGUAAUUACUCUUUUCGAUGAUAAUCAGGAUGGGAAACUCUCAAAUGACGAAAUGAUAGCAGUCAUGAGAAGGCGUUUGAGAAGAGGCUUAGAGAGACCGAAAGAUACUGGAUUGUUUCGCCUUUUCGACGGGUUGCAAAAUUGCACGAAAAGAGCUCUUCAAGCUAGCUCUUUUCCAUUUUCAUAG